GCUCUAGCCUCGCCGGGGGAAGUGGCUGUCCUCACCUUGUGCAGCAGUCCGCGCCUCGUUGUCUGCAGCAGCCAGUCAGUCGUCUGCUCCGGCCGGCCUGCAGCUGCUCACUGCCCUCUUGCCGCCCACCAUGGCCCUGCUGCACUCCGCCCGCGUCCUCUCCGGGGUCUCCUCCGCCUUCCACCCAGGCCUCGCCGCCGCAGCCUCUGCCAGAGCCAGCUCCUGGUGGGCCCAUGUGGAGAUGGGACCCCCAGAUCCUAUCCUGGGAGUUACAGAAGCCUACAAGAGAGACACAAACAGCAAAAAGAUGAAUCUGGGAGUUGGCGCCUACCGGGAUGAUAACGGGAAGCCUUACGUACUCCCUAGCGUCCGGAAGGCAGAGGCUCAGAUCGCUGCAAAAGGUCUCGACAAGGAAUACCUGCCCAUCGCGGGACUGGCUGAGUUCUGUAGGGCGUCAGCAGAACUAGCCCUGGGCGAGAACAGCGAAGUGGUGAAAAGCGGCCGGUUUGUCACCGUGCAGACCAUCUCUGGAACGGGGGCCCUAAGGAUCGGAGCCAGUUUUCUGCAAAGGUUUUUCAAGUUCAGCCGAGAUGUCUUUCUGCCCAAACCAACCUGGGGAAAUCACACACCCAUCUUCAGGGAUGCUGGCAUGCAGCUACAAAGCUAUCGGUACUAUGACCCUAAGACUUGCGGUUUUGACUUCACAGGCGCCCUGGAGGACAUCGCAAAAAUUCCAGAGCAAAGUGUUCUUCUGUUGCAUGCCUGUGCCCACAAUCCCACAGGAGUGGAUCCUCGGCCUGAGCAGUGGAAGGAAAUAGCAACAGUGGUGAAGAAAAGGAAUCUGUUCGCGUUCUUUGACAUGGCCUACCAAGGCUUUGCCAGUGGUGACGGUGACAAGGACGCCUGGGCUGUGCGCCACUUCAUUGAACAGGGCAUCAAUGUGUGUCUCUGCCAGUCAUACGCCAAGAACAUGGGCUUAUAUGGUGAACGUGUUGGAGCCUUCACUGUGAUCUGCAAAGAUGCAGAUGAAGCCAAAAGGGUGGAGUCGCAGUUGAAGAUCUUGAUCCGUCCGAUGUAUUCCAACCCUCCUAUCAAUGGGGCCCGGAUUGCCUCCACGAUUCUGACUUCCCCGGAUUUGCGAAAGCAAUGGUUACAGGAAGUGAAAGGCAUGGCAGACCGCAUCAUUGGCAUGCGGACCCAGCUGGUCUCCAACCUCAAGAAGGAAGGCUCCACCCACAACUGGCAGCACAUCACCGACCAGAUUGGCAUGUUUUGUUUCACAGGACUAAAGCCUGAACAGGUGGAGCGGCUGACCAAGGAGUUCUCCAUCUACAUGACAAAGGACGGUCGCAUCUCUGUGGCUGGCGUCACUUCUGGCAAUGUGGGCUACCUUGCCCAUGCUAUUCACCAGGUCACCAAGUAAUUUCUCUGGUGCCAGGAAACAGAGACAACCUUUCCGUCUUCAGGCUCUGCUGAAGAAGGGAGGGUGGAUGGUGGUACAUGGAUCAUUUCAACCACAGAGCAUAGCACUCAGCGAUUAAUUGUGUUUCUCAGAAAAGAACAUGUAGUGAAAUAGGGCAGAGGCAUCCGUGGCUGCUGUCUGGAACUUUGUGGCUCUAAACCAAACUUUCCAUCCAUCCUUUUACCUCCAGCAUUUCCAAAAGAGUUUACAUGCGCAGGAAAGUCAUCACACCAAAAAGACCUGUCCGUCAUGCCAUUGCAGCGUUUCAGAAGCUUUAACUGAAGCAUCUGACAGUGCUAGGGGCUCCUCUGCGGAUCCAGCAUCAGAAUGGCACAUGUUAGAGGCUCUGAGAGGAGACCUAGCUUUGUCCUUAACAGUCAGGUGGCCUCAAGAUUGUCCUCCCGUGGGAGCCAACCAUCAACAGGCCAUACUGCAAAAAUGGUGUUUUGUGAAAACCAGUGAGUCUGUUGCCACUGCAGCAAGAAAAAUAAAAUGUGUUUCUUAUCUUUUUAAGAAAAGAUACUCUUUUCCCUUAUCACUGCUAUUCUUUUCUUUAAGCACAAAGACCUAUAACUAGUCUAGACUUUCAUCCCAUUCUACUGACUGACUGACCGACCAUCAAUCCCAUCCUAUAGGGAUUUAUUUAAGAAUGAAGAACAUUUUCUGCUCAUGCGUAGCCUCACUUUUCUCCGCAAAGAAUGAUGGAGAGUUGGGUAACUGCACUUGAUUUCUGCAUCCUCGUCAAUGAUUGUUAAAUAGCCUCCUGUCGGGAUACUGCCUCUGCAAAUUGGACCUCCUGCCUUCAUUCGUUGUGGCUGCGCCGGCACUCACAUCACGAGUCAGGCAGUGCACGGUAGUACCUGGAAAGAUGUUCGGGCCCUUGUGUGCUGCCAGAUGGACAUGGGCCUCACGCUUCAGAAAGAUAACCACCAUCUGCUCUUAUCAUGUAGACGUACUGCAGCCUGGUUUCUCUGUUACAAUAAAAUUACUGUAGAUCCAA